AUGGCGGCGACUAGCCCUGAAAAUAACAGGUUUGACAGUGGUACUACGACUGAGGAAAGCUCGGAACUGGAAGAGCGCUUUUUGCCGUUCGAGCGCGAGGCACCGCGCGGUGGUUGGGAGUGCCCGCUCCAGUGGCUCCUGGCACCACUCGUUGUACCGCUGAGAGUUGUACUUUGCUUCGUGAUCUUAGUAUUCUUUUACCUUGUUUGUGUGAGUUUUGGGCCGCGUGUUGACAAGAAAGCAGCGGAAGUCGGCUUUGUGUGGAACUUACCGCGCUGGCGAGCUCACCUGCUGCGCGGGCUCACCAAACGCUGUGCCCGCGUCGUGCUCUUUAUUCUGGGUUUCUAUCGCAUUCGCCGCCAGCAUCUCGCUGGCUAUGAUCACAGGAUUCGUUCAAAAGUUCUCAUUGUUAGCAACCACGUAUCAUUGUUCGAUAUUUUAUUCUUCAUGGCUGAUGACGGCCGUUCGUUCGUGAGCAAGCAUACGCUGUUGCAGGUACCACUCAUAGGACGCAUCGCCGCCACCAUCGGAUGCAUCUUCGUGAACCGCACGCUCCACAGUGGCGGGCAGGCCACGAACCUCGUUGUGCAGCGGCAGCGGCAAAUGUGGGCGUCCGACAGCUCAGCACCGCCCCGUGGGCAUCGAUCCUCGACGGACGCGUCCUCGCUAUGUUCAUCGCCGCCAUUGGUGCUGUUUCCUGAAGGCACAACCACUAAUGGAAAGUAUCUUUUAACGUUCAAGACAGGCGCGUUCGUCGCCGGACUCCCGGUGCAGCCCGUGAUCUUAACGUAUGAGCAACGCUGUUUUUCGCUGGCCUACGAGACAAUCCGCGGAUGGAAAUACUUCCUGGGUGUGUUCCGUCAAUUCUAUAACCGGCUCAGCGUCAUUUACAUGCCAACUUAUAUUCCAAAUGAGGAGGAGAAAGGCAACCCGCGUCUUUUUGCGCAGAACGUGCAUCUACACAUGCUCAAGGAAAUGCAGUCGCGAUACGGCACGCAGCUCAGCAAUAGCUCGUAUCUCGACAAGGUUGCCUACCACAGAAAACUUCGCCAGCAAUGGGGCGAAUACGUCCCAGUGCCUUCGUCAAGCGCGCGGUCGCAUUCGCAUCAUGAGUGA